ACCAGCCAGGAUCAAGCUGCAGUGUUCGACAUGGAGGUGUGUGCUAAACUCGUGUUCCCCAUCGUGAUCAUCUCCCUGCUGCACGCUCACAGUCCGGUUGACGCAUGGUACAAGCAGGUGGCCGGUCCGACCUACUACUCGGUGGGCAGAGCGUCCGGCUUGUUGUCCGGUAUCCGGAGGUCACCGUACACCAGGAGGGCGGAGCGGACAGUGGAACCACCAGACAGCAGGGAGGCAGUGAGCAAUAGCGUGCUAGAUGGCUUAACACCGGAGAAUUUCCUCCUAAAGACCAUGUCUGUUUGUUUCAAGGACAUUAAACCCGACCUGCAGAGCUGUGAACUCCAGGAACUCAAAGGGUCAUUUAGGUGCCAAGCAGAAGUCUUCCUCUCUCUGGACUCCUCAGACUGUGCAGAAAACUGAGUAGAGAAGCAGACCAAGAGCCCUUCUAUGAAAUGUUUAUUUAAAAACGGUGCAUUGAAAAGUAUUCGUUAAAAUCUAGUUAAAUACUGUGAUACAUAAGCUUUAAUUAAAAUUUGAUUUUACCAUUUUAAAAGUGUUUAUUGGUUCUGUGAUUUACUUGUCUUAAAACUUUAAACUGUUAUGUUGAUGUACAUUUUUAAGUUCUAAUUUUACAUGAAUAAAUUUGUCAUAUUGCAGCCUUUUGUUGGAAUUAAUAUAUGAAAGUCUCGAUUCAUUUGUCUCAUCUACAUCAGUGAAGUUACUUGAAAGGAAAACAACUUGUGCAAUGUCUUUGGUAAACUGAUAUCAGAUUUAAUCAAAGAAGACAUUUACUUAUGG